UGUUUAAAUGGGGUUUUCCUAUUUUCUUUUUUCUUUUUUCUUUUCCAUUUAAAAAUCAUAAAACAAAACCCUUCUCGCUCAGUCGCUCAGUCUCUCUAGGGUUCUACCUCCAGCUUCAACAAGCUCAGAACUUGUUUUGUGUAGAUUCCGGAUCCAGAUAAGCGAUUGUGAGAAUUGAAAUGGGUUUGUCAUAGGUUGAUUUCCAUUGUUAGAGAACCUACUCGUGUGCAAACCUUGAAAAGAUGAGUUUGAUCUUGAGAUUACGGAAUCAUUUGCCUAAUGGGCUUUGCAGAAGACCACUUAUUUCAUCCCUUGGAGGACUGAAUACUGGUAGCUUAAAUGGGUUUUGUCGGAACUUUGGUCAACCUGCAAGGCGAGAAGAGGAAGAGGAGGAAGAAGUGGAGAUUGACCAAAGGAGACUCCCUGCUGAUUAUGAUCCAGCAACAUUUGAUCCCACAGAGCAUCGUAGUCCUCCAACUGAUCGGGUUUUUAGGCUCGUAGAUGAAAUAUCGUCACUCACACUAGUUGAAGUUGCUGAGCUGGGCUCCAUUUUGAUGAGAAAAAAGGGAAUGACGGAACCACCAGUUGUGGGAGUUAUGAAGCCGGGAGCUGCUGGAUUAGGAUUGGCAAUGAAGGGGCCGUCAUCGGCAGCUAAGGAGGAGAAGAAACCAGAAAAGACUGUAUUUGAAUUGAAAUUGGAGUCAUUUGAGGCAGCCUCUAAAAUAAAACUGAUCAAGGAGGUAAGGAGCUUCACCGACUUAGGACUCAAGGAAGCAAAGGAUUUAGUGGAGAAGGCGCCAUCGGUGCUAAAGACAGGAGUGUCAAAGGAAGAAGGAGAGCAACUGGUAGAGAAGCUGAAAGCUCUUGGCGCAAAAGUUUCCCUUGAAUGAAAUAAAAAGACGAUCCAGAUGUACUCCUCUUCGAGAUAUUGCGAGAUUAGUCAAUGUUUCCUUGGGAAUACCAGGUGAUCAGCUUUUCAGAGUUUUAUCAAUCCUUAUGAAUCACAUCUCAGAUUUCCUCCAACUGUUUUAUGUUCAGAAAUUUGCUCACGAUUGAUUUCUUUACUGUAUUGAUAUCUAUUCUGGUAAAGCUGAGAUUUUGAUUAAGAAUGGUCCGCAGACGAAGGCCGAUUUCCAUAAUUCUUGGACCUUUGUUUAGUUUCUUCAUUAUUAAUAUUUCUAUUA